AUGAAGACCUCCGCCACGCUCUUCAUGGCCAUGUCGGCCUUGGUCGCCGCCGAGCCCAUGUCGGUGCUGCGCCAGAAGAAGCUCGACCUCUGGUCCGCCCAGAGCGAGGCCGGUGUCUUCGACAUCAACCGCUACGCUGCCCAGGCCGCCACCUCUUGCGUCAACGGCAAGGCUGGCGAGUACCAGUGCAAGAACGUUGACCUGGUCUCGUUCUUGCGCCACCAGGACAUGGGCUCCAGCACCCGCCGCGGUAACGACGUCUGGGGAUGGACCCACGCCGCCUCAGGCCGUGAGUUCGGCGCUGUUGGCCAGACUGACGGCACCGCUUUCGUCGAGAUCAAGGCUGACGGCUCUCUCGUCUACCUUGGCCGUCUCCCCACCCAGACCACAUCGUCUUCGUGGCGUGACAUGAAGGUCAUCGGCAACCAUGUCUACAUUGGUGCCGAGUCCAGCAACCACGGUCUUCAGGUCUUUGACUUGACCAAGCUCCUCACCAUCACCACCCCCCGCACCUUCAGCAUCACCUCCGACCUCAAGGCCCGCUUCACUGGCUUCGGCAACAGCCACAACAUCGUCGCCCACGAGGAGAAGAACAUGAUCUACGCUGUCGGCACCGGCACUGCCGCCGGCUGCCGCGGUGGUCUCUUCAUGGUCAACGUGACCAACCCCGCCGCUCCCACCUCGGCCGGCUGUAUGUCGGCUGGCGGCUACGUCCACGACGCCCAGUGCGUGGUCUACAAGGGUCCCGACACCCGCUACACCAACAAGGAGAUCUGCUUCAACUUCAACGAGGACACCCUCGACAUUGUUGACGUGACCAACAAGCGCAGCCCAGUCACGCUCUCCAGCACGGGGUACACCGGUUCCUCGUACACGCACCAGGGCUGGCUCGCCGACGCCGGCAUGCGCUACCUCCUCCUCGAUGACGAGCUGGAUGAGCAGAACCGCAAAGGUCCUGCCGCCAACCAAAAGACCACCACCUACAUUGUCGACAUCUCCAGCCUGACUGCCCCCAAGUUCACCGGCACCUACCAGAGCCCCGCCACCGCCAUCGACCACAACCAGUACGUCCACAACGGCCUCAGCUACCAGGCCAACUACGGCUCUGGUCUCCGCAUCGUUGAUGUCCGCAGCGUUACCACCGAUCCUACUGGCAAGAGCUUCAAGGAGGUUGGCUUCUUUGACUGCUACCCCGAGGAUGACUCUGUUGGUGGCCGUGCCGAGUUCACCGGUACCUGGUCUGUGUACCCUUACUUCAAGAGCGGCCACAUCCUUCUCAACUCGAUCGAGAGGGGUAUCUUCGUGCUCAAGUACACCGGCGCUUGA